AUGGCCAUGCUCACAGUGAUGUCCUAUGACCGGUACGUGGCCAUCUGCUUCCCACUGCGCUAUGAAAUCAUCAUGGAUGUCAGCACCUGUGUUUACGGAGUCUUAACUGUCUGGAUCAGUGGGGUCAUCUCUGGAGUCAUGCAUACUGCUGCUACUUUCUCCAUUCACUUCUGUGGGGACAAUGUCAUUCACCAGUUCUUCUGCGAUGUCCCCCAACUCCUGAAACUCUCUUGUUCCAAUGACUACAUCAAUGAGUUUGGGGUCACAGGCUUCCUGUUCUUGGUGGCAAGUCUUUGUUUCAUCUCUAUUGGCCUCUCCUACUCACAAAUAUUCUCUACUGUGCUGAGGAUGCCAUCUGCAGAAGGUAGAGGCAACGCCUUUUCUACUUGCCUGCCCCACCUAUUUGUUGUCAUAUUAUUUAUCUCUACUGGAGUUUUUGAGUUUCUAAAACCACCUUCUGAUUCUCCAACUGUGCUAGACUUUUUGCUUACUGUUCUUUAUACUGUUGUGCCUCCAACACUCAAUCCAAUGAUUUACAGCCUGAGGAACAAAGUCAUGAAGGCAGCUCUAAGAAAAGUUUUUAAAGAAAGAAAAGCCUACCUGCUUUGCUGA